AUGGCGAUCCGUCGCGUCGUCGUCACGGGCCUCGGCGUCGUCACCCCGCUCGGGCGCGGGAUGCUCGAGAAUAUGCGCGCGCUCGAGCGCGGGCGCGCGGGCGCGCGAGCGCUGGAGGUUGUGGACGUCCCGGAAAUCGAGCGGGGCUGGUUCGACGCGACGCGGCGAACCGUCGCGGGCGUCGCGGACGCGCGCGUGGGAUUCGAUCGCGAUCGGUGGUGCGAGGGCGAUCGGUACGCGAAGUUCGUGGGACACGCGCGGUGCGCGGCGCACGAGGCGAUCGAGGACGCGGGAUUGAUGGCGACGGCGAGGACGGGUGAGGGGCGGGACGACGUCGGCGUGAGCGUCGGGAGCGGCAUGGGCGGCGUGAGCGAUCUCACCCGCGCGGGGGCGCUCAUGGCGCGUGGGGAGUUGCGGAAGAUUUCGCCGUAUUUUGUGCCGAGGAUUUUGGCGAACGCGGCGGCGGGGAGGGUGUCGAUGGAUCACGGGUUCAGGGGGCCGAAUUUGGCGGCGACGACGGCGUGCGCGACGUCGGCGCACUGCAUCGGCGACGCGUUUAGGGCGUUACAGCGAGGCGAGGCGAGCGUGAUGAUCGCCGGUGGUACGGAAGGGUGCAUCGAUCUCGUCUCUUUGGCGGGAUUCGCCAAGGCGAGGGCGCUGAGCGCCUCUGGAAUCGCGAGACCGUUCGAUUCCAGGCGAGACGGUUUCGUCAUGGGAGAGGGCGCGGGGAUCUUAGUGCUCGAGACGCUCGAGCACGCGCGCGCGCGAGGGGCGACGAAGAUAUACGCCGAGGUACGCGGAUACGCCGCGUCGGGCGACGCGUAUCACGUCACGCGGGCGAGUCCCGACGGCGAAGGCGCGGCGAGAGCGAUGCGCGCCGCCAUGCGAGACGCCGGCAUAGUCGAUCCGCUCGACAUCGGGUACGUCAACGCGCACGCCACCGGUACGCCGCUCGGUGACGCCGCGGAAACGAUGGCGCUCAAGAGCGUGUUCGGCGCGCGCGCGAUCGAGUCCGGUGACGUGCUCGUGACGUCCACCAAGGGCGCGACUGGGCACCUCCUCGGCGCCGCCGGCGCGGUCGAAGCCGCGUACGCCAUCAUGGCUCUCCACACCGGUGAGGCCCCACCAACGGUUGGAUACGACGUCAUCGACGAAUCACUCAAUAUUCCAAUCGUCGGCGGCGCCAGUGGGGUGAGCUCGCGCCUUCGCCCCUCGACCCGCGCCGUCGUAACCAACUCGUUUGGAUUUGGCGGCACGAACGCCAGCUUAAUAUUCGCCAAACCCCCACCCCUCGACGCCCAGAGCGCGGCCGGCGUCGUGAGGUAUUAA